AUGAACUACACGGAUUUUGAUAAGCCAAUUACUGAUGAUGGUUUUUUGGAGCUAAUGCAGCUGUUUUUGGACGAUGAAGAAGAACCUCUCAUUCCAAAAAAGGCGUGGGACGAAAUAGAAGCCGAGUUUAAUGCUUCAUCUACCUGCACCACAUACAGAAAUGCACUGAGCCUCAAGAAAUGGUAUGAAAACCGAAAAAAAGAGCUCCGGAAAACUUUAGCUACUAAUAAAAGAGAAGCAUUAUUAACUGGUGGCGGUCCACCGCCAAAGAAGAAGAAAGAUGGGGACGAUACACUGAUGGAUGACAUUUUAAUGGCCAUUUUAAAUGAGAAAACUUUGUUGGGUCUUAAAAAUCCAUUUGAUGAUGAUGCAGAUGAAACGGAGAUACCCCACAUUGAAGGUAAUGAGGAAGUUGUUCUUGAAUUAGAGGCAUACCCAUGCGAAGUUGCAACUACCGAAAACUGUGUAGCGGAUACUGUUAAUGUGGAAGCACAGAGUUCCAUUAACGCUAUCCAAAUGCCAGUCCCAACAAUGAAUUGGAAAAAGUAUGUUCCAAAACAGCUACAAUGCCCUACAAGUGCAAUUCUACGUUUCUCAGAAGAGAAAGAAAAUAUACCGGAACCUGAUAAUGCCCCAGCACCCAACAAGGUUAACACUCCAAAGAAUGCAAACAGAAGAAGACCAACAACAGUAGUCAAGACACUUACAUCAUCUGAGAUAGCAAAAAAGUACAAUCUGUUACUCGACAAAAGACUAAGCUUAGUAGAUGCACAAAUUAAACAUUUACAUGCAGAAAAUGAACUUGUUCUUAAGAAACGUGAAUUGGAAAUUGAGUUACUGCAUAUUCAAAUAGCAAAUGAAAAAUAUGUAGAAUAAUAUGUUACAUGUGGUAAUAAAUAACAAUU